CCCAGCCCACAAUCACGAUGAUGCCGAAUAUUAAACUGAACAAGACCAGCGUACGAGCCUUCUGUGAGGUUUUCUCUGCUUCACGGACGUCACCUCUGGCCAGCGCCGCACGGGUCUAGAGAGAGGUCAGAGGUCAGUGUGUUGAACGUGUUGUGUAUUUUCUAUUGGUGUGUGUGAAUUGCUCUUACUUCGUGUGAGUACAUGACAGCUAUGAGACCGCUCAUCCAGCAGCAGAAGACGGUGACCAGCACAGACUCUGUCAGGUAAUCUUUGGGUAAAGACGGCUGCUCUUCUCCCGGCAGCGCUCCAUUCAUGUACUGAAAUAACGUCAGAUGUCCUGAAUGCAUCCUUGUAGAUCAAUAUAUAUAUAUACACUGACAUUCAGAGAUUUCAUGACAUGUCAAAUGUGUAACAGUUAUGUUUUUAUCUAAACUAUAGAGACACUGCAGAAUAACCCGAAGCUGAAGCUCAGGGUCACGAUGGUAAACUGUUACUGCAGCAGAACACAAAAGAAGAUAUUUUGAAGAAUGUAAGGCAACCAGACCACUUUGAUGACUUCCAUUGUAUGAACACAGAAAGACUGUCGUGGAGUAAAUCAGCAGCACUUCUUUAAGUUCAGCACUGAAGGAAAGACUUGAGUCCACAGACGAGGACGAGAUCGGGGUGAUGUGGGAAUGACCGAGCAUCAUUUCAGGUCAUGGAGUUUGGACGAGUUUAUUUAAGAUAUAAAAGAGCAGCUCUGCUGUUUGUAAUGAUGUUCAAACUGGGUCUGUUCUGCACAGUGACCGGCGACAACUGUCUAUCAUCCCCGUGUCAAAACAAUGGCACAUGCAUACCUACUUUUUCUGGCUACGCGUGUCAAUGUUCUCAUUCUCCUCUCAUACAUGUCGGUGACAACUGUGAGCAUUUAUAUGACCCCUGUAAAUACACCGACUGCCCGAACUGCAUCAGCACGCCGGGAACCGAGAACUAUACCUGCCUGUGUCCGGACGGCUUCAGCGGACCCAACUGCACGCACAACAUCAACGAGUGCCAGAGCAACCCGUGCACGGGCAUCAGAAACCAUUGUGCUGAUGGCGAUGAUGGAUAUUCCUGUCACUGUCCCAGUGGAUACAGCGGGGAUGAUUGUCAGACUCGGGUGCGAGACUGCUCGGAUGACCCGUGCUUCAAUAACGCCACCUGUGUUUGGGCACCGGAUGGGUACGAGUGCCGGUGUGUCGGGGGUUUUCAGGGUCAACACUGUGAAGAAGAUAUCGAUGAGUGUCUGUCACGACCCUGCAGGAACGGUGCCAUCUGUGUGGAUGGUAUUGAUGUGUAUCAGUGUUACUGUGUGCCGGGUUUUCAAGGUUACCACUGUGACAUUGACAUCAAUGAAUGCGCCUCUCAGCCCUGUGAGAACAACGGGACGUGUGUCAAUGAGAGGGAUCGCUACAUCUGUGAAUGUCUGAUCGGAUUUACAGGAGUGAAUUGUGAAGUUGAGAUCGAUGAAUGUGAAGCGACGCCCUGUCAGAACGGAGCCACCUGUCACGAUCACGUGGGGCUUUACACCUGCGAGUGUUUACCUGGAUAUGAAGGCAUUAACUGUGAGCUGAACAUCGAUGAGUGUGACGGUUCACCCUGUCUGAAUGCCGGCCGAUGUGUGGAUCUGGUGAACAGCUAUGAGUGUGACUGUAGUGGCACUGGAUUUUCGGGGUCUGACUGUGAUGAAGACAUUCCUGAAUGUGCAUCUGAUCCAUGUCAACACGGCUCCAGCUGUCAGGAAGGAGUUAAUCAAUACACCUGUCUCUGCUGGCCAGGUUUUGCUGGUGAGAACUGUGAGGUGGAUGUAGAUGAGUGUGAAUCUCAGCCGUGUGAGAAUGAUGGAGAGUGUUUCCAGAGGUCAAACUCCAGUCUCUACAGAGUUCAGUCUGAACUGGACACAGAUUUCACCUUUGAGCAUGCGGCGGGUUACCUGUGCCACUGCCGCUCUGGAUUUACAGGUGAAAAUUGCUCGGUGAAUGUGAAUGAAUGUGAAUCCACGCCGUGUGCGAAUGAAGGCACCUGUGAAGAUCUCAUCAACGCGUAUCGGUGCACGUGUGCUCCGGGGUUCACAGGUGUUGUUUGUGAAAUGAACAUCAAUGAGUGUGAGUCUGAGCCGUGUCGGAAUGGAGCUCGGUGUGAAGAUGCCAUCAAUGACUAUGCAUGUCACUGUCCUCCUCCCGGACCCGAGCAGCUGCCCUGGGGCGGCCAUGACUGUGACAUCACUCUGACCGGCUGCGUGGACCACCCGUGCCAAAACGGUGCCACCUGCACGCCUUCACUGCACGGAGAUGAGCAACAGUACACCUGCCAAUGCCCUGCUGGUUUCUAUGGUGACGCAUGUGAUAUCUCCACCACCUUCUCCAUCUCUGCAGGGACUCAUCUGAUGGUGGAAGUUCCGCAGAGUAACCGAACCCGCAGGCAAGCUGGAGACCAAGGGCCCAGUGUCCAGCUGAGGUUUAGGAGCACACUACAGUAUGCAGUUGUGUUUUACCGGGGAAGCCACGAGCAUUUUUUCACACUGGAGUUAAUUGGUGGAGAUCUCGUCUCCAUUGCUGAAUCAGGAGACUUGAAGCUCGUUGCUCACCUGAGAGGAGAUUUCAGCGAUGGACUCUGGCAUGAAGUCUUGGUUAGUGUGGAUGAGAAACUGACUCUGAGUCUGUUAGCGGAGAACAAGACUACAGUUGAGGAUGGAGGUCAUAACCAGCUUCUGUCCUUCCAGCCUCACGGUUUGGAGAAGGUCUACAUUGGUGGAGUUCCACAGGAAUACUUCAACCAGACGGUAACCAGGACGGGAUUCGCUGGCUGUGUCGAGGAUCUCUUGAUAGAUUCGCAGACGGUUCUUCUUCAAGACCUUACGCCGGAGUCAGACGUUCAGAUGGGCUGCGAGAGGACCGAACGGUGUCAUCCAGACCCCUGCUCUGAUCGCGGUCAAUGUGUGGACCUUUGGUGGGAUUAUAGGUGUGAAUGCAGAAGGCCGUUCUAUGGACACAAAUGUUCCGAAGAGCACUCAUCAUGGACGUUCAGUUCCGAGCGGAGCAGAUCCUUCGCUGCGUUUCCCAUCACGCAGAAGCACGGAGUCGAUGUCACCAUAUCAUUCUGGCUGAAAACACGUCAGUUAAACGGCCUGAUCCUUCAACUGAGGCGUCAGAAUCACGCUUACCUCACAGUUUUAAUAAAGAAGGGCUCAAUACACGUGGCAGUGUACACCUCCAUCAGAAACACCUCUGACUUCAUAAACAAUGGGACGAAACUCUUUGUGACGAUUAAAAAAGAGCGAGGCUUUAUAUUCUUUAAUGAAGAUCAGCUGUUUACUCCUCGAGAUUUUGUGGAUUUUGAAGUGGAGUCAGGAGAUGUGGCGUAUCUCGGUGGACUCUCUGAAGGAGAAGACACGACAAAGUGGGGUGGAUAUUUUAAAGGCUGUCUGCAGGACGUCUGGAUCGACGAAGUACAACUGUACAUGUACUCGGGCAGCAUAAGCCAAAAACCACAACAUCCAAGCUACUUACCGAGAAACUCAUCAAAUCUACUGGAACACUGCAUUGGUGACCAAAUGUGUAAGAUGAAGCCAUGUCAGAACGGAGGAAAUUGUUUCGACGUCUGGAAUGACUUUGAGUGUCACUGUCCUCUGAAGUUCUCCGGAAAGACGUGUGACACGCCGGUGUGGUGUGUUAGUAAUCCGUGUGUUCCUGGGAGUCGAUGUUUAGAUUUACCUGAUGGUUACGAGUGUUUAGCCAACGCCACGUUUCAGAGCAACGCUUUGAAGUUCAGCGCCACCGGAUCCCUGAGCAUCUCCGUGACAAACAUCUCAAUCGAGCUGCGAACCCGCGAGGUGAACGGAACGCUGUUGCGUGCUUCUAACGGUUUGGAGUUCUUCUGCAUGGGCCUUCUGAAUUCCUCCCCGAUCGUGAAGCUCCGCGGCGGUAACAGUUUGGAAUCUCAAGCUUUCGUCAGCAAAGUGCCCGUUUCGGACGGCGAGUGGCACCAGGUGGAACUCUUCACGUCCGGUUCGCCCAAUUUGGCAUCUCGAUGGCACCUCAGCGUGGAUGGCGUUGGAGCUGGCGACAGCCUGGCAGCGUCUGGCAACAUGGACUUUUUCAACCACUCUGUCGUGUGGUUGGCUGAAAACUACACCGGCUGUUUGGGCGAGGUACGGAUUGGUGGCGUGCAUCUACCAUUUGCUGGAAUCCUAGAGGAGGAAGUGCCGCAAACGUCAAGGUUCAUCCGGAUCGGCGAGGUGGCGAAGCCUCAGCUGGGAUGCUACGGCGCACCCUCGUGUCUUUCGGAGCCUUGCCAGAACAACGGCACGUGCAGGGACCUCUUUAAUCUCUUCCAUUGUGAAUGUGCCCCGGGAUGGACGGGGGAUCUGUGCCAGGAUAACAUAGAUGAGUGCGGCCAACAGCCUUGCGUCUAUGGGACCUGCAGAGAUUUGCUGGGAGACUACGAGUGUCUGUGUGCUGCCGGCUAUAGUGGUAGAAACUGCCAGGUGGAGGUGGAUGAGUGCCAGGACCAUCGCUGUGAGAACGGUGCGUCAUGUGUGGAUGCUGUUGGAGGAUACACCUGCGUUUGUCCACCUGGUCACACGGGCCCGUUCUGCCAGUGGCGUUUUCCUCCUCAGCAGUGUGAAGUUGAUGUUCAGUGUGAGAAUAAAGGCAGGUGUACUGAUGGAUUAUGGGGGGCAAACUGUACGUGCAGACCAGGGUUCACUGGAGAGAGAUGUGAAGUGGAUAUAGAUGAGUGCGAGUCCAACCCCUGUCUCAACGGCGGCACCUGUGUGAACCGAUCAAACUCGUACUUCUGUGAGUGUGCGUCUGACUUCAGAGGAGAAAACUGUCAGAAUACUAAACAGCUGCGGAGUGAAGGAGUGCCAUGGCUGCUGGUGGCCGUCCCGCUGGUGUGUCUCGGCACUCUUCUGGCAGCCGUGGCACUGGUUUGCAUGGUUCUCACUGCCAGACGGAAACGUCGGUCGGAGGGGACGUACAGCCCGAGCCAACUUGAGGUAGCCGGAGCCAGAUUGGAGAUGGGGAGCGUGUUGAAAGUGCCUCCAGAGGAGCGACUCAUCUGAUAAACAUAUACGGUAUAAAAACUUCUUAAAGUGACACGGAUAUGUGGAAAAGCCAACAUGUGUGCCAGGGCACACGAGUGCUUCAUAUACAAACAUCAUGGAAGACAAACCAUGGUGAAGAUGAAGUGUAUGAUCCGACGGCAGGUUUGAUCCUCUGGAUUUAACUUUCAAAGCCAUAACAGUAAGAAACUGUGAUCAUAUGUAAUUGUGCAACUGUUAUGACGAAGGUUCUUGACUCGAGAGGACGUUGUGUUCUGUUUGUGUUAUAGCAUCUCAUGCGAUGUUUUCUUUAUACUUUUGUUAUGUUGUCAACAACCCAUAAAUGCCACUCAGAUGCUUGUGUACCUCUGUCCCAGUGCCAUUCAUAUCAGGCCAAUCUUUACCUCAUCACGGUUUCAUUUAUGGUACUUUAGGAUGUGGAUAAAAGUCUAAGCACACUGUAUUGCAUUUCUGCUAAAUGCUUCAUAAUGGUGACAUCACAUUACUCUGCCUAAUGUAAACCGUAAGUAUACUUCAAAAUAAGCAUACUUUAUUUUAAUGAAGUACAAAGUUUGAUAUACAAUGUCCAUGUAUUCAAGUAUACUUUACUGUAGUCUACUUACGUGUCAGUGUUCUAUUUCAAUGCUACUUGGGACAAAUUUGGCCCACUUUUUAGUUGAAGUGUGCUUUUAAGUACACAACUAGUUUACAAUCAUGCUUUUCUGUAUAGGAGGGAAGGGAUUUCUGUGAAGUACAUAAAAGGUUGAUAAAAAGUGUUCGUAUUUUAGUUUAUGAAAAUAGUUACGAAAAAUACGUUCGUACUUUAGUGUACUUUUAUAUAAGGAUUUUAAGACUAGAGAUGGGUCACAGCGGUCAACUAGUCGUCUAACAGACUGUCUGCUGUUAGACGACAGCAGACAGUCUUAGAUGCACUACUUAGAUAUAUUUUUCUUUUAAGAUUUUUUCGCUGUAGACAGUUUGCACAGUUUUCUUAGAAAAUUCUUGAAAUUCAAAGCUAUGCCAGAGACAGUUCCUCAGUCUAUUUAAAACAAUUUAAAGAUGGAAAUUGUUCUUUUAAGAACCUGUGUCUGUGGCACCGCUCCGUGGAAUCCUUUUAGUACCUUUAUUUUUUUAACCAAAUUAUACACAAGCUUUCUUAAGACUGAAGAGUCGUAAACAACCCAUCAGCAGUUUCAUAAGCGAAUAAACAUCUUUCUUUACCGGUACUUGUGUAUGUCUGGUAAAUACAGGCAUGUUUUUGAAUGUAUUUGUUAAAAUAACGUGAUGUUUGAAUCACACUUGCUGUGCCUUGAUAUAAUCAAGUGAACAUGUUUCCUUACUCUCUUUAGAAGGUCUUCAUGUGUGUUCGAACAGAUUUGAGAUCAUUGCUCGGCAUACACUGGAUUGGUUUCAAGAUUUGCUUCAUGUUCAAAGGUUGUAACAGAUAUUUAAUUAAAGUCACUGACUCACUGGAGCCCAAAAUAUUAGUUUGAGACUGUGUCAGUAUGUGAUCGUAACACUGGAUUCUUGUGUGUGUGUAUUUCUUUUCUGUUAUUAUUAUUAUACUGUGAGAUGUGAUGACUAUCUUUGUGUAUUUUUAUAUUUGUAUUGUUUAUACUUUUUCUUUCUACCGAAUGUGUGUUAUGACAGGAUGAACCAAGCGGAUUAAAAAUAUAUAUUUUCUUCUGACAUCGCUUAAUGUGUUUGACAAUGCUGUGAAUCUAAUCUAUACACCCAAUUAAAACCGCUUCAUAUUUAAUAAAAAUGUAUUUGCAAAUAAAUCAGCGUGGAUGGAGGUCUUGAUGAUGAAAUGCGGAAUCUGUAAAAAAUGUCUGGUCCCUAAAUAAGUGGUUCUGAACUUUUUAUACCAGGACCCACCUAAAGUACACAGGUGUAAUCUCAAGACGCAUCAAAAUAUGAUCAAAUGAAGAAAAUGGGACCGAAAAAGCACAUUCAUUCUUUUUACCCUAGUCAUUGCAUGAAUGAAAUUUCUUCAAUUGCAAUAAAAAA